AUGGCGGCCACGGGGUGUGCGGGGCUGCUGAGGUACCUCCGGAUCUUCGGAAACGACCCCCAGAGACCCCUCAGCAUGUCGGAGUCGGAGGAGAAUGGAGAGGGACCCCCCAAGGGGCUGCCGUCCUUCGCCGAAGCCAUGGGCCAACCCCUGGGGUGGUCCGUAAGCGAAAGCAAUGGGGGGCCGGCGGGCGGAGGGACCCCCCCGGGUCACCGCCACCGGCGUCCCCCCCACCCCAAGCACAAGGGUCAGGGCUCCGGGGGGGUCCACCGCUCCCCCCGCGCCCUCUUCUGCCUCCGCCUCAACAACCCCAUCCGCCGGGCCGCCAUCAGCAUCGUCGAGUGGAAGCCCUUCGACAUCCUCAUCCUCGCCACCAUCUUCGCCAACUGCGUGGCUCUGGGGGUCUACAUCCCCUUCCCCGAGGACGACUCCAACGCUGCCAACCACAACCUGGAGCAGGUGGAGUACGUCUUCCUCAUCAUCUUCACGGUGGAGACCUUCCUGAAGAUCAUCGCCUACGGGCUGGUGCUGCACCCCAGCGCCUACAUCCGCAACGGCUGGAACCUCCUCGACUUCGUCAUCGUCGUCGUGGGGCUCUUCAGCGUCAUCCUGGAGCAGGUGUCCCACAAACCCGGCGAAGCCCACCACAUGAGCGGGAAACCGGGGGGCUUCGACGUCAAAGCCCUGCGCGCCUUCCGCGUCCUCCGGCCCCUCCGCCUCGUCUCUGGCGUCCCCAGCCUCCACAUCGUCCUCAACUCCAUCAUGAAGGCCAUGGUGCCGCUGCUGCACAUCGCCCUCCUCGUGCUCUUCGUCAUCAUCAUCUACGCCAUCAUCGGCCUCGAGCUCUUCAUCGGCCGCAUGCACAAGACCUGCUUCUUCAUCGGAUCAGAUUUAGAGUCGGAGGAGGACCCCUCCCCUUGCGCCUUCUCGGGCCACGGCCGCGCCUGCCUGCAGAACAACACCGAGUGCCGGGGGCGCUGGGAGGGGCCCAACGGCGGCAUCACCAACUUCGACAACUUCUUCUUCGCCAUGCUCACCGUCUUCCAGUGCAUCACCAUGGAGGGCUGGACCGACGUGCUCUACUGGAUGCAGGACGCGAUGGGCCACGAGUUACCUUGGAUUUACUUCGUCAGCCUCGUCAUCUUCGGCUCCUUCUUCGUCCUCAACUUGGUGCUGGGGGUGCUGAGCGGGGAGUUCUCCAAGGAGCGUGAGAAGGCCAAGGCCCGCGGAGACUUCCAGAAGCUGCGGGAGAAGCAGCAGCUGGAGGAAGAUCUCCGGGGUUACAUGGACUGGAUCACCCAGGCCGAGGACUUGGAGGGUGACGACGAGGAGGGGGAGCACGAGAAGCACCGCCUGACCGCCGAGGACCUGAUGGGGAAGCGGAAGCCGCGACUGAAGUGGCUCCGUCACGCCAGUCACUCCACCGAGACCCAUGCCAGCCUUCCCGGCAGCGAGACGACGUCGGUGAACACCGAGACGGUGGGCGAGGAGGAGGCGCAGCCGACCGCCUGCGACCGCUGCCUGGGCAAAAUUACAAAGACCAAAUUCUGGAACCGCCUGCGCCGCCUGAACCGCCUGUGGCGCCGCCGGUGCCGCGGGGCGGUGAAAUCCGUCUCCUUCUACUGGACCGUCUUACUCUUGGUCUUCCUCAACACCCUCACCAUCGCCUCCGAGCACCACGGGCAACCCCCUUGGCUCACCCAAACGCAAGCUUACGCCAACAAGGCGCUGCUGUCGUUGUUCGCCGCCGAGAUGGUGUUGAAGCUGUACGCCCUGGGCCCCGCCCGGUACUUCACCAGCUUCUUCAACCGCUUCGAUUGUUUCGUGGUGUGCGGCGGGGUGUUGGAAACGGCUUUGGUGGAACGAGGUGCCAUGGAACCCCUGGGCAUCUCCGUCCUCCGCUGCGUCCGGCUCCUCCGCGUCUUUAAAGUCACCAGGCACUGGGCGUCGCUGAGCAACCUGGUGGGCUCCUUGCUGAACUCCAUGAAGUCCAUCGCCUCCCUCCUGCUCCUCCUCUUCCUCUUCAUCAUCAUCUUCGCCCUCCUGGGCAUGCAGCUUUUCGGGGGGCGCUUCAGCUUCGACGAGACCCAGACCAAGCGCAGCACCUUUGAUACCUUCCCUCAGGCUCUGCUCACCGUCUUCCAGAUCCUGACGGGGGAGGACUGGAACGCGGUGAUGUACGACGGGAUCAUGGCCUACGGCGGCCCCGUCUUCCCCGGGAUGCUCGUCUGCAUCUACUUCGUCAUCCUCUUCAUCUGCGGGAACUACAUCCUCCUCAACGUCUUCUUGGCCAUCGCAGUCGACAACUUGGCCGAUGGCGACAACAUCAACUCGGGGGCCGAUAAAAAGGAGAAGGCCGGGGAGGUGGAAGGCGGCGCGGGGAGCCCGGACGUAAGCGUGAAGAUUGAGGGGGAGCAGCCGGAGGAGGAGGAGGAGGAGGAAGAGGGGAGUGAGGAAGGUGACGAGGAGGCGGGAGAGGAGCGGGACAGCCUGGGGGGGCCCCGGCUGGAGUUCCUGGAGGAGCCCCCCAAAACCAAGGUGGUGCCGAUCCCCGAGGGCAGCGCCUUCUUCCUGCUGGGCAGCACCAACCCGCUGCGGGUGCGGUGCCACGCCCUCAUCCACCACCACGUCUUCACCAACCUCAUCCUCGUCUUCAUCAUCCUCAGCAGUGUCUCGCUGGCCGCCGAGGACCCCGUCCGCGCCCACUCGCCCCGCAAUCACAUCUUGGGUUACUUCGACUACGCCUUCACCUCCAUCUUCACCGUGGAGAUCCUGCUCAAGAUGACGGCCUUCGGCGCCUUCCUGCACAAAGGCUCCUUCUGCCGCAACUGGUUCAACCUCCUUGACCUGCUGGUGGUCGGCGUCUCCCUCAUCUCCUUCGGCAUCCACUCCAGCGCCAUCUCGGUGGUGAAGAUCCUGCGGGUCCUGCGUGUCCUGCGGCCCCUGCGGGCCAUCAACCGCGCCAAGGGCCUCAAGCACGUGGUACAGUGCGUCUUCGUGGCCAUCCGCACCAUCGGGAACAUCAUGAUCGUGACCACGCUGCUGCAGUUCAUGUUCGCCUGUAUUGGGGUGCAGCUCUUCAAGGGCAAGUUCUACAGUUGCACCGACGAGGCCAAGCACACGCCGGCAGAGUGCAAGGGCACCUUCCUGGUGUACAAGGAUGGGGACGUCACCCACCCCUCGGUGCGGGAGCGCCUGUGGCACAACAGCGACUUCAACUUCGACAACGUGCUGGCGGGGAUGAUGGCGCUCUUCACCGUCUCCACCUUCGAGGGUUGGCCCGCGCUGCUGUACAAGGCCAUCGACGCCAACGCCGAGGACCAGGGUCCCAUCUACAACUACCGGGUGGAGAUCUCCAUCUUCUUCAUCAUCUACAUCAUCGUCAUCGCCUUCUUCAUGAUGAACAUCUUCGUCGGCUUCGUCAUCAUCACCUUCCGGGCGCAGGGGGAGAGCGAGUACCGUAACUGCGAGCUGGACAAGAACCAGCGGCAGUGCGUGGAGUACGCCCUGAAGGCACAGCCGCUGCGACGCUACAUCCCCAAGAACCGCAGCCAGUACCGCGUCUGGGCCAUGGUCAACUCCACCGCCUUCGAGUACAUCAUGUUCGUCCUCAUCCUCCUCAACACCAUCGCUCUGGCUGUCCAGCACUAUGAGCAGUCCAAGCCCUUCAACUAUGUGAUGGACCUACUCAACAUGGUGUUCACGGGGCUCUUCACCGUCGAGAUGGUGCUCAAGAUCAUCGCCUUCAAGCCCCGGCACUACUUCUGCGAUGCCUGGAACACCUUUGAUGCCCUCAUCGUGGUGGGCAGUGUGGUGGACAUCGCCGUCACCGAGGUCAACGUGAGUCACCCCCUUUUCCCUGGGGGGGGUCCCCUGGAUCUGGGGAGGUUUGGGGGGGGUCCCGGAUGCCUGGGUCUGUCCCCCCACCUCCUUUUGCCGUGUCUGUGGUCCUCGCCUCCAUCUGUCCAUCUCCAUCCAUCUCCAUCUGUGGUUCCUCGCGCCUGCGUGCGACAGAACGGGGGUCACGUUGGUGAGAGCUCGGAGGACAGUUCCCGCAUCUCCAUCACCUUCUUCCGGCUCUUCCGGGUGAUGCGGCUGGUGAAGCUGUUGUCCAAGGGCGAGGGUAUCCGCACCCUGCUCUGGACCUUUGUCAAGUCCUUCCAGGCCCUGCCCUACGUCGCCCUCCUCAUCGCCAUGAUCUUCUUCAUCUACGCCGUCAUUGGCAUGCAGACCUUUGGGAAGGUGGCGCUGCAGGACGGGACCCAGAUCAACCGCAACAACAACUUCCAGACCUUCCCCCAGGCUGUGCUGCUGCUCUUCAGGUGUGCCACGGGGGAGGCUUGGCAGGAGAUCAUGCUGGCCAGCCUGCCGGGCAAGCGCUGCGACCCGGAGUCGGACGCGGAGCCGGGCGAGGAGUUCACCUGCGGCAGCAACUUCGCCAUCGUCUACUUCAUCAGUUUCUUUAUGCUCUGCGCCUUCCUGAUCAUCAACCUCUUUGUGGCGGUGAUCAUGGACAACUUCGACUACCUGACGCGCGACUGGUCUAUCCUGGGCCCGCACCACCUUGACGAGUUCAAGCGCGUCUGGUCUGAGUACGACCCCGCCGCCAGGGGCCGCAUCAAGCACCUGGACGUGGUGACGCUGCUGCGCCGGAUCCAGCCCCCGCUGGGUUUUGGGAAGCUGUGUCCCCACCGCGUCGCCUGCAAGCGCCUGGUGGCCAUGAACAUGCCCCUCAACUCGGACGGGACCGUCACCUUCAACGCCACCCUCUUCGCCCUGGUCCGCACCUCCCUCAAGAUCAAGACGGAAGGGAACCUGGACGCGGCCAACAAGGAGUUGCGCGCCGUGGUCAAGAAGAUCUGGAAGCGGACGAAGCCCAAGCUGCUGGAUGAGGUCAUCCCCCCGCCUGAGGAGGAGGAGGUCACCGUGGGCAAGUUCUACGCCACCUUCCUGAUCCAGGACUAUUUCCGCAAGUUCCGGCGGCGGAAGGAGCGGGGGAUGUUGGGUCCCAACGCCGGGCCCAGCAACGAGUGUGCACUGCAGGCAGGGCUGCAGACGCUGCAGGCGCUGGGCCCCGAGAUGCGCCGGGCCCUGAGCUGCGACCUGGAGGGUGAUGAUGAGGGUCCCGCAGCCACCGAGGAGGAGCAGCUGACCUAUGCUGCCCCCGAGGCUGUGUAUGGCUCCGCCCCCAGCCCCCCCCCACUGGGGGAGACCCCCCAGGCCGCCAGCCCUGGCCCCACCGAGGGGGAGGACCCUACGCCCCUGCCCCACAUGGUCCCCCAUCGCCUCGGCAGCAGGCGGCGCUCGGAGGAGGGGGCGCAGGAAGAGCUGGACCCCCCCGAGGACAGGGAGGAGCCAGGGGGAGAAGCGGGGGACGGCAGCCAUGACGAGGAGCUGGAAGGCUCGGCCCCCCGCCACCGCUGGGGUGGGGACAGGCCACUGGGGCCCGUGCCCACCCCACAACCCCCGCGCUGGGCGGGAGAGGGGCGGCGGGGAGGGUCGCUGCCGCUGCCCCCCCGGCACUUUGCCCUCCACAAUGGGACCCUCGAAGGGCAGCAGCUCAAGCGGCGCCGGCUCCUGCCCCCCACCCCCGCAGGGCGGAAGCCGUCCUUCACCAUCCAGUGCCUGCGGCGCCAGGGCAGCUGCGACGACGAGCCCAUCCCAGGCACCUACAACCCCUCGGGCCCCGCCCGGCCUCAGGGCUACGGCAGCUCUGAGACCUGGCGCCUGGGGGGCUCCUCGCACGCCUGGGCCACCGCCCCCGCUCGCAGCCACGUCCUCUACGCGCCCCUCAUCCUGGUUGAGGGGGGGCCGCCGCCAGGAGGAGGAGGAGGAGGGAGCCUUCCCCCACUGUCACGCUGGUUCCUGGGGGACCGCGGGGCCCCCGGCCCCCUCCGCCUGCGGCCCUGCGGCCCGGGGGACACGCUGGCCCGCGGCUCUGCCGACAGUCUGGUGGAAGCCGUGCUCAUCUCCGAGGGGUUGGGGUUGUUCGCCCAGGACCCCAAGUUCGUCGCCGUGGCCAAACGAGAGAUCGCCGACGCCUGCGAUAUGACGAUGGACGAGAUGGAAAGCGCGGCGGCCGACCUGCUGACCCGGCGGCGGCCCACGCCGCCGCCCGCAGCCCCCGCCCUCUACAGCGACGAGGAGCCGCUGCGCCCGCCGGCCGAGGAGGAGCUGGCCGACGAGAUGGCCUGUGUGGGCGGGCUCUAGCGCCGCCCCGCGGGCACGCGCCGGGGGCGGGGCGGGGCGGGGCGGGCCGAGGAGGCGGGAAAACGCGGGGCCGUGGGCGGGGGGGGUCCUCCAAAAAAGGAGGGUUUGCUCAGAAACGAGGUUUUUGCAUCAAAAAAAUGGGAGAGUUUCACCUCAGGAAAAGGAGGGGUUUCACUUCAAAAUAAAAAGAAAACACAAAAGGACAGGUUUACAUCAAAAAAAGGAGGGGUUCACCUAAAAAAAAAAGUUUGCCUCAAAAAAAUAAGGGAUUUGCAUCAAAAAGAGGGUUUCACCUCAGCAAAAGGAUAGUUUCACUUGAAAAAGAAAAAAAAAGAGUUUUGCUCAAAAAAAAGGAGGGGUUUCCUUCAAAAUUGUCCUCAGAAAAGGAGGGGUUUCCUUCAAAGGUGAGGGUUUCAACAUUAAAAAAAAAAAAAAAAAGGAGGGUUUUAACCUCAAAAACAAGAGACGUCUUCCUCAAAAUAAAAGGGGGUUAUCUCAAAAAAGAGAGGGUUUUACCUCAGAAAAAGGAGGGUUUCACUCAAAAAAAAGGAGUUUUCCUCAAAAACAAGGAGGGUUUCGCCUCAAAGGAAUUUUUCUCAAAAAAGGGAGUGUUACCUCACAAAAGGGAGGGUUUCACUUCAGAAAAAGUUUUCCUCAAAAGAGGUGGGAUUUUCCUCAAAAAAAAGGAGUUUUCCUCAAAACAGGAGGGCUUUACCUCAAAAAAAAAAAAAAAAAAAAAAAAGGGAGGGUUCCACCUUAAAAAAGGAGAGCUUCAUCUCAAAAAAACAUUUCACUUCCAAAAAAAGGAGGGUUUCACCUUAAAAAAAAAAAAAGGUGGUGGGAUUUUUCCUCAAAAAAAGGAGGCUUAGGAGGCUUUACCUCAAAAAAAAAACCAACAAAAAAACAGGGAGGGUGGAGGAAUUUUUCUCAAAAGAAAGAGUUUCACCUCAAAAAAAAGGAGAAAAGGGGGGGGAGUGUCCUCAAAAAAAGGGAGGGAUUUUUUCCUCAAAAAAAGAGAGUGGGUUUUUUUCCCUCAGGAAAAAGAGGUAUUAAUUUCAAAAAAGGAAGGUGUCCCCUAAACAGUUUUUCCUCAGAAAAAUGGGUUUCUCUCAAUAAAGGAGUUUUACUUCAGGAAAACAGAUGUUUAGUGGGUGGGUGGAUGUGGGGGUGUUUCCUCAAUUAAGGUUUUUUUUUUCCCCUCAAAAAAAGAAGGGUUUCACAAAAAAAUAAUAAAAAAAGGAAUUUCACCUCAAGAAAAAGAGGGUUUCACCUA